CAGUGAUGCUAUAAAUAUCACAUCGAAAAUUUGUACACAGGUAUAGAAGAACAUAUUUUAUAUGUAUAUUAACUGUGAUACAACUUGAUAAAUAUAUUGCAGAUCAAGUUCACGAAAUGUUCGAUUGGAAAGACGCCUGGGAGAAAGAUAAAGCCGUUUGGCAUAUGGAUGACUUUAACUCGACAUUGGAAAAACAUUUAGACAAGAUUACUGGAAAAGAAAACAAGGCAAAACUAUUUUUCCCACUAUGUGGAAAAACUUUGGAUAUGCUACACUUGUCAAAGAUGGGACAUGAAGUUGUUGGGGUAGAGUUUUCUGAGUUAGCUGUUCGGCAAUUCUUUGAAGAAAACAGCAUGCCUUGUACGAAAAGUUCUGUGCAAUCUAUGGGCGGCAUGCUGUAUAAAAAUGAUGACUAUCGAAUCCGGAUAUAUUGUGGAGACUUCUUCAAAUUCGGUUCUCAUUUAGAAAAGGAUUUUGAUGGUGUUUGGGAUAGAGGGGCGCUUGAAGCCAUAGAACCUGAAAUGAGGAAAACGUACAUUGACAUCAUGAAAUCUAUUUUGAAAUCAGGAGCGGGGUAUAUUCUUGAAACUGCUGAUCGACCACUUGGCGUAGGACCUCCAUUUUACAUGUCAGUUGAUGAAAUAGUGGAAAAGUUUGGGUUAAAUUCUCAGCCAGAACUAAUUGAUUAUGAAAUAGCUGUGCCAGAUUUACUGGCAAUGGGAUGUGCAGGCUUGUUCUUCUUCUACUUUUUAAUGCCAUGAAACGCAACCUUCUUGUCAGAAUACUGCAUGAUAGGCAAUUUUCUUUUCCUGCAACCGAAAAAGUGUAUGUGGGAAACUAAGAAAUAUGGAAUAUUAAUAGAUAAUACAUAUUGUAUUAAGUAUCAAAUAUAAAUCACAAAAUAUUUCAAUGACAGACUUGGUGAAAUUUGCUUUGAACUAAGCUCUGAUGCAUGCAUAAGCAUGAUUUACUUACAACUAUUCAUGCAUAUUAGAUAACCACAAAAUUAAAUAAAUUGAACAAUA